ACCAGAGCUUAGCAACUCUCCCAGGGCUCUGGGUACUCAGCACUGUGCACAGCUGUCCUGUGAGCUGAAAAUGAUGAGCAGUAGCAAGUGUUUGCUCAUGGCUGCUUUGAUGUCACUGCUGCUACUCCACCUCUGCAGCCAGUCAGAAGCAAUGGCCUUUGACUGCUGCCUGCGGUAUACGCGUCGCGUACUUCGUACCAGAAAUAUCAGGGGCUUCUCGAGACAGUACGCCAAUGAAACUUGUGACAUCGAUGCAGUCGUCUUCUACACAAAGAACGGAUGGGCUGUGUGUGCAGAUCCAACGAAGAAGUGGGUGACGCAUGCCAUUUUCGUCCUCAGCCAAAAUGAGAACAGCCUGAAAAUGUGAUGCUCUCUGGAAGGGGAUUGGAUACAGCUGAAGAAUAAAAAGAACCCCGCUGGGGUUGGUGGUUUCACGUGCACGUUGUUGAGGGUUUAUCACUUAACUGAUUUGUGUCAUCGGACUUGUCCAGUUAACGAAGUUGAUACCCAUUGCAUCAUACUUUGCUUUGUUAAGCAUUGCAUCAGAGUCAAGCUAUUUUAUGUUAAGUUAUUUAUAUAUGUGGGCUUUGUGUAUGUGUUUUGCUAUUUAAUAACAAUUUCCCAUGAACUAUUUAGUACAAUGUGUAAAAUUGUGCACUGGAGAAAUAAGAUUAUAUGAACUUUUUUGCAAGCAGUAGACCUGUUUUUUUUGUUUUAAAGUAUUUAACAUUCUCUGUUUAUAUCAUUUUCCCCUAAAUUGUUGUAAUUACCUAUAAAAGAUAAAAAUGAUGAGAAUAAAUAUUAAAAAUAAAAGAACUGAAAAUUG